AGCUUUCCUUGUAGUUAAAGGGGUGCUUGCUUUCAAGUUUUGGCUGUACCGAUGUUGGUGACUUCUGGAAUUGGGUUUGGAAGGGUACUAGAUACCUCUACAUUGGUUUGGUACCUCUGCCUUACUGCGUAUCAUGUGUACACAUUUUACUUCAUUCUUGUUGAGAUCCUGCACAUUAUUAUCCUGGUCCUUGUGCUUCACGACUUGAUUGUCUAUGGGGCUGCUUUGCGAGAAGUGUGGUUGGUUGGCGGCACUCUAGCAGAGGAAUAUGUUCAUAUCAUCUCAAGGGGAAGAAAAGUACAGGACUUGUUCAAAAUAGGAGAAAACCCUUAAAUUGAGCAGAACUGGAGUGAUCAAAUAUUAGAGGAACAAAAAUAGAAACACAAACAACCCUAAACAAGACGAGGAGCAGGCAGAGGAUGUUCCCAGGUGACGGUGACCUGGUCCAUCUAUUGUGUUUGACUGUUUGUUGGCACAACCAACCUGGAAAAAGGGGUAAUAAUGAGGGCAUGAUGUG